AAAUAACUGAAGAAAGAUGGUGGGACUUCGAGAACUCGGAAAAACCAAAGUGAAACUGAAUCCUCUUGGUCUGGGCUGCAUGGGUAUGUGUGAUGGUGUUUACGGAGCUGCAGACGAUGAAGAAAGUACUCGCACAUUAAAUCGAGCUUUGGAGCUUGGAUGUACAUUUUGGGAUACUGCCGACAUGUAUGGGGUCGGACAGAACGAAAGGUUCUUGAGCGAAACGGUAAAGAAGAACCGCGAUAAAGUGUUCAUCUGCACCAAAUUCGGCAAUGUCCGUGACCCCGAAACCGGUGCCUUUCUGCGCGUCGAUGGUACACCAGAAUACGUUCGCAAAGCUUGUGAUGCUAGUUUGAAACGUCUCGGCAUAGACACUAUCGAUUUGUAUUAUCAGCACCGCGUUGAUAAAAAUACUCCUAUCGAAGAAACAGUAAAAGCAAUGGCAGAGCUGGUCAAGGAAGGCAAGGUCCGAUACUUGGGAUUGUCAGAAUGCAGUGCUGAAACGCUCCGUCGUGCAUACAAGGUCCAUCCGAUCGCCGCUGUCCAAAUCGAAUAUUCACCUUGGUAUCUUGGCAUCGAACAGAAUGGCUUGCUUAAUGCGGCUCGCGAACUCGGUGUAAGCAUCGUUGCAUACUCGCCUCUGGGUCGUGGGUUUUUGACCGGUGCCGUCAAAUCGUUGGACGAUCUUCCAAAGGACGAUUACCGUCGACAAGCACCACGCUUCUUCCCCGAAAACUUUCAAAAGAACCUGGACUUGGUCAAGAGAAUCGAAGAGCUUGCGGCUAAGAAGGGUGUGACGCCAAGUGAAUAUGUGCUUGCAUGGGUGUUGGCCCAGGGCGAAGACUUCUUCGUCAUCCCAGGCACGAAGAAGGUCAAAUAUCUCGAGAAGAAUGUGAAUGGCGGUAAGUUGGACUUAACCAAAGAGGAGGAAGCUGAAAUGCGGGCUGCGAUUGAAGCAGCAGCUCCUCAGGGUGAUCGAUAUGCUGCACAUUUCAUGGCCUCAGUGGAAGACAGAUAAAGUACACCCGCCCUUUUUUCCAUUAUCUUUAUUAUCUUCCGACCUUUUUUUACACAAAUUAUGCAUAAAAAUGAGUGCGUCAAUGAAUUUGUUGCUUUUUACUUCCAA